AUGUCCUUCACCUGCUCUCCCUUCUCCACCUCCUCAUGUAAUUAUGCACGGCUGUAUAGCCCUACACGCGGAUGUGUGCUCGUAACCAACCACCUUCACCACCACCACACACACAUAGAGGAUCCCGUAAUGUCCAGUGCGCUCGACAGCAUCACCGCCGCCACGAAGUUGCGGCGUGCGGAGCUCGAUGUACAGCGUGAGCUAGAGGCGAAGCGCCAGGAGUACAAUCGGCGCAUGGCACAAGUAAAGGAAGGGGAGGCACAGUUGGCUGCCGACCGGGCGGAUCUACAAGAUACACUCGUGCAGUACUACAAGUUCAUCCAGGAGAAUGAGAUCAAGCGUAGUCGUGCCAUGAAGAAGGUAGCCAUCGAGGAGAAGCAGCGCAAGGAGCGGGAGGUGUACAUUGCCCAGCUCACCCAGCGUCUGCAAGGCUUGGAGUCAAAGUGGGAUGAGAUGAAGACGCAGUACAGGGACAUGGAGAAGUACCAAGCGUUCUUGGAGGAGAUUUUAUCUCGCAACGACGGAGACGAGUACCAAGAACCGCGCGACAUUAUCAAGCGCUGGAUGACACUGUGCGACAACACUAGGGUCCUGCAGGAACGCAAGACACAGCUCGAGGAGGAUCUCCUGCGCACACGCAGCUCGCUCAACUUGGCGCGCCAGCGCCGCAGCACGGAGAACAUCGCUCUCCAGAAUCGAUUGAACGAGAUGCAGAUGUCGUUUGAGUCGCUGCAGAAGUCCAUAAAGGCAAAGCAGGACAAACUCGACCGAAAGGUCAAGCAGAAGAGCUCGACGACGCGCACAGUGAGCCACGUCAGCAUGGCCACGGCGAACCUGUACGACCGAUGCAUGUUGUGGACGCGCGACUACUCGGGCCGCGGCAGGGGAGAGACAGCAAACAACAACGUAUUACAUCAGUUGCACGCCAUCUGUGACUGCCUAGAAGACUUUCAGACCAUCAUCAUGCAACAUCAGGAGCAGCAGCGCCAAGCGGCGAUGCAGCAGGCAGCAGGGGCGGCUACCCAACAGGGGGCGUCGGCCAAGGCGGGGUGA